UGUCUGCAAAGCCUCAUUGAUCAACUAGAGAAGCUGUCAUCACACUCCCUGGAGGCCCAUCAGCUGGAGACACCCGUUACAUGUGUCCACAGUGUCCACGUACCGUCCCCAAAUUCACACUAUGACAACCACCAGCGUAGGAAACAUCAGAAACUGCCAGGGUGCCCUAAGUGUAGAAAUUAUAUGAAUCCAGCCACCACUACCCCUUUGGACUCGUCACAUGUUGGUCCACUCAACACCCACUUCCUUUUUCAUGCGACGAGUGUGACAAGAAGUUUCAAAGACCAAGUAGUGUCAUGUAGUGUGCUUGCAAGUGGUCCAGAUCCUAAACUGGCCACAGGUCUAGAACACAAGCUGGCUGUGCAAUCCCAUAGCCAGUCGUUCUGUAGCAGCAUUGCAUUGCUGAAAGCAAAUCUUGAAAGCCAACCAAGCUUCACACAGAAACCGACCCUUCUCGGUAUGGCCUGUAUUCACAGCCAGGGGCAGUUAGCAAUGCACAAAGAAAACCACAAUGGUGAAAAGCCACAUAAAUGCCAGUACUGUGAAAAGGAAUUUCUGCGGAGAGAAGUACUACGUAACAUGAACAUAUGCAUACGGAUACACGUCCACUACACGUGCUUCCUACGUGUGAAAAAGUUUCAGAGAUCAAGAAAGCGCAAGGUUGCAUGA